AUGAAGCUAGUGUCGCCCUUGAGCGUCUGGGCGAUUGCGUCCGCUAUGGCGGGAAUUGGCGUGAUGGCGACAGACUCUGCUGACCUGAUUAUGGCUAGCACACCGAACACGACGCUGGAGCGCCGUGGAACGAAGCAAAUGGGCAAGCACAGCGGUUUCUCGGGAACCGCGACGUGGUACGACGUGGAGACUUGGGAGGCUGGUGCAUGUGGUCAGGACAUUGAUAACGAUAUGCACAUUGUAGCGCUCAACGAGCCCAUGUACGGCGACCUGGACUCGCGCUCGAGCUGGUGCGGCAAGGAGAUCAUGAUUGCCAACGGUCUCAAGACUGCGCGUGCCAAGAUUAUGGAUGCGUGCCCCGAGACGCAGCAGUGCCACCACGGUUCGCUCGAUAUGAGUAUGUCGCUCUUCCAAGUCUUUCACGAUUUGAAGCUCGGCGUCUUUCCCAUUACGUGGUGGGUGAUUGACGGCGACGGCGGUGAUAGUGGCGGCAGCGGCGGCGGCAGCAGCAGCGGCGGCGGCAGCAACAAUGGCGGCAACAAUGGAGGCAACAAUGGAGGCAACAAUGGCGGUAACAAUGGCGGUAACGAUGGUGACGACAAUGGCAGCAGCAGCAGCAGCAGCAACAACAACAACGGCAACAACGGCAACAAUAACGGCAGUAACGGUGCCAAGUCGACCGCGUCCAGGUCGUCUGCCUCGAAGUCGUCCGCGUCCAAGUCGUCGGCCUCUGCCUCGCAUGCUUCCUCGCUGGAUGCACAGGCGUCCGCAUCCAAGGCGUCCAAAGCAUCGGCCGCGUCGUCCUCGUCGGCGUCGGCUGUGUCGGCUGCCUCUGCGGCCGCGUCGCGCCACUCGGCAUCGCGUGCGUCGGCCGCGAGUGCCUCGAGUGCGUCGGCGUCCAAGUCGAGCGCAAGCAGCUCGACGUCGAGCUCGACGAGCUCCUCGUCCAGCUCUAGCUCGUCCUCGACGAGCUCCUCGUCGAGUGACACCGCCUCGAGCACUGGUAAUGCCGGCUCCACGGCCCCUGGUCUCGGCACUGGCGGCUCGAGCAGCGAUGACCCGCAGGCCGGGAACUUGCAAAACUUUGUCAAGGUGUUGAACGGCAUGUCCAUGCUGGUCCAUGCAGCCGCCCAAAACUAA